AUGACUCGGUCGCCUUCCCCGUCUGGCUCAGCACCAGCUCUCGGAACAACGAAAGACAGCUACGGUAACGAGAAUAUGCAGGCGGCGACUUCUACCAUCGCAGCAUCCAACGAAAUCCCGGAUAUAGACUUCGAGACCGAGCGGGAUUCAGGAGCAGGGGACCAGCAAUUCGAUCAUGGAGAAUCCGGAGAGGACACUAUCCCCCGAGGAUUGGUUGAAGAAUGGUUGCUCCAAGCUUGUUCCGCCAUAGAUAGACUUGACGUCUUACAAGAGAGCACCAAACAACUCCGUGCUCUAAUUGGACAAUUUCCAGGUGUAGGAGUACCCAGUGUAGGAGUACCCGAAAUGAAGGGGCUCGCAAGAAGAGAAAUAAUGAGCGAUACAGAGAGCAUCGUGUCAAGCACAGAGACCGAGCCCUUGCAAGGCAAUUGGGAGGUGUUGACGGAUCAGCUGAUUCCCGAAAUCCGAUACAAACCGUGGAAGGAUACGGUUUAUGGUAGAAGGCGAACGGGGAAAUAUUACUCCAUUGAAAUACCACUGAAUGAACCAACCCAUACGGACAUAAUGUUGAUCAGUAAGGAGGACCCCAUAAGCCAAGACAAAAGAAACCCUGGACCUGACCAAGACCACCCACCUCGCCCUGAAAGAUUGCCGGAACGCAUAAGAAUCAGCUCCCAGAGACUAGGAUGUUUCCUAGGGUACGAAUUUGCCAAUGGCUCCCUUGCUUUUGGCGCUGGUUAUUCAGAUCUAUCUAUUCUUCGACCAUUCAAGUUGCUCAUUUACCUGGACAAGCAACUUCGAGCACGAGUUCAAGCACUGGAAAAGCUUCAUACUGAAUUCCAGCAAGGUGAUCUAUCCCACUAUGAUGAGAAGACGGCCAUUCACACCGACUGGAUAAGGGGAAACUGGAAGGGAACCCCCUAUGACUUGAAAGAUUUAACGGGAAUCUUAAAAGAUUGUCGGUGUCUCUUUGAAUUUAUUGACAAGCAGCUCAUUCCUGAGCAGACUCGAUUGGCAGCUGGCCCUGAAACUGUACGGUUUUCGGAUUUGUGGUUUCUCUUCCCCCAGGGCUCUCUGGUCUAUGUGAAAGAUUCUAGUGUCCCCCAGAAGAUCUGGAAGGUCAUACAAGCGUCGGGAGGCCGACGAGCCAUGAGUGGUCAAUUUGAGAGCAAUGAAUAUCAAUUUCCCUUCACAAGCUUUCAGCUGGACUGCUACUACCUUGAUCACAACGGCACUUGUUUUGUGCAAAGCCAGAGAACUUUUCAAAUAAAUGAAUUCGAUGGCGAACAGCCCGUCGUAUCCCUGUCAGUCCUGCCAUUUAUUGUGGCAGAGAGAGAUACCGACCUUGUCAAUAAGCAAGCUCUGUUGGAACGUGGAAGGCAGUUUGUCCAAUGUACACAAAAGGUCUCUCACCUCGAAUUCAGUGGACGCAGUCAAUAUUUGACCCCGAAUGGUGAAAAACUUGCCGAUCUGGCCGACGGCGCGCAGAGCGCAUUGUGCUUCUCCGAGAGAAUUGAGGGAGAGGUCAUGGUGGAUUUCCCCCGUGCGCUGCAAGCAGUGCCUGGGUGGCGUAUAGAAUCUGACAUCCCUAAAGUCACCUCGAGGACAGAACAAGACGUGCUGGUUCAAACAGGUGUUGACAAAGACUACCGGUGGCAGUCAUUAUUAUCCGACCAAUUCUUAGAACCAGAAGGGCGCAAGUGGCUCGCCUGGCGAAGGGGAAAUGGCAUCCCAGUAGAGGAUGACGACCUCCUGUUGCUACCAGACCGCGUGUUUGCCUUUGUGUUACCGAGUAGGCGAUGGGCGUGUUUGCAGAUUGGCAAAGCGCCGGAUGGCAAAGACCACCUACGUGAGAGAGAGCCCGAGGAUAACCCAUGGGAGAAGCUGCAGCUCCCACCAGGGCACAAAAAUCUAGUACAGUCUCUUAUUUUAUCACAUUUCGCCAAACCUCAGUCGGCUGUUCAAUUUGACUUGCUGAAGAACAAGGGAAACGGAGUUAUUAUCUUACUACACGGCGUUCCUGGUGUCGGCAAAACUUCAACAGCAGAAUGUGCGGCUAUCAGCAAUCGGAAGCCAUUGCUUCCAAUUACCUGCGGGGAUCUUGGCCUAACACCGAAAGAGGUCGAAGACAAACUGAAAGAAAUCUUCCGACUCGCACAGGAGUGGGGCUGCGUGAUGCUUCUUGAUGAAGCAGAUGUGUUUCUUGCCCAACGCUCAGCAACUGACACAACCAGGAAUGCGUUGGUAUCCGUUUUCCUUCGUACGUUGGAAUACUACGAAGGUAUCCUUUUCCUCACAACAAACCGCGUUGGAGUAUUUGAUGAAGCUUUCAGAUCGCGCAUCCACAUGUCAUUGUACUACCCAUCUCUCGAACGCAUGCAGACGGUGCGGAUUUGGGAAAGGCAUAUUCAAGAAGCGGCCAAAGCUGGCAUUCAUGUUGAUGGCAAUUCCCUGGUGGAUCUUGCCGACAAGAUAUAUGAAAUCCAAAAAAACUCCUCGUCCGGUGCAGUCUGGAAUGGCCGGCAGAUUCGCAACGCCUUCCAGAGCGCUCUCGCCUUGGCAGCUUUUCACUCCCAAGGAGGACCUGUGAGUCUUGAACGUCGCUACUUCGAAAAUGUUUUUGAAGUAUCGGACCAAUUCAGCAGCUACAUCUGGACGACCAAGAAUUAUCAAACUGACGCGGACCGUAAUCGGCUAGGCUUGAUCAGACGAGAUGAUUUUCGCUAUCAAUCAAUAAGUACAGGAGAAGCCACUUUGCUGCAGCAAAGACAGUAUGGCGGUUUGGAAUCAACAUAUGGUCAGCGGGCUCCACAGUCAUCGUCAAACCUGGGCGCGCAAAAGUUGCAGCACUCACAAAGAGGACCAAUGUCGGGUCUGUCAUCUUAUCCAGUUCAUGCUCAAAGGCUUGACAAUAUCCAAGCUGCUGGUAUGCGGCAGCUGAAUACCGGUAUCCCGUCGACGGAAGAAGACUAUCACCAACCCACAGUAAGGAUGUCGAACAGCAUCAAUCUACAAGCAGUAGAUAGCACAGCGCUGCCGCAGGAGCCAAACCAGCCUCUGCAAUAUCCCCUUCAGCAAGCGAUUUACGGGACACAUGACUCCCGACUUGUAACCCCACCGACUCGCGAUGCAAUGUUUGCACCUUCCCAAGCGAAGCCUCGAUCGUGA